AUGGCAGAAGAAGAAGUAGAGGCGGUUGAGCUUGUUCUGUUUCAAGUUUCCGAAUGUUAUGUUUACAUGAUACCUCCCAGGAAAACUGCAGCUUCCUACAGGGCCGAUGAAUGGAAUGUUAACAAAUGGUCAUGGGAAGGCACAUUAAAAGUUGUCAGUAAAGGAGUUGAAUGCAUUAUUAGAUUAGAGGAUAAGCAAACAGGCGAACUGUAUGCUCGAGCAUUUUUGAGAGAAGGGGAGCCACACCCAGUGGAGCCAGUUAUUGAUAGCAGCAGAUAUUUCGUUCUCCGCGUUGAAGAGAAUAUUGAUGGACGGCUUCGGCAUGCAUUCAUCGGCAUAGGAUUCCGCGAAAGAACCGAAGCAUAUGAUUUCCAAGCCGCCCUUCAUGACCAUAUGAAGUACUUAAACAAAAAGAAAACGGCAGAAGAGAUGGAGCAGCAGUACCAACAAACUUCGUCCGUUGAUUACAGUUUAAAAGACGGGGAGACCUUGGUCCUUCAGUUAAAGAAUAAGGGUAGUGGCGGGAAUAGCAACAUAAAAGCAAAGUUGAGCAAUCUUUCGUUGGAUGAAAAGGUUAAAAACCAAGAAUCAUCGGUUGUUGGUCUCAAACUGCCGCCACCUCCGCCCUCUCCAGUGUCCCCUGUUGCAGCUGCUCUGGGCAAGUCCCCUCCGGAAUUUAGUCAAGAGGAAAAUUUUCAAAUAAAAGAUUCUGAAAACGAACCGCAAGAUACACCUAAUGAUGAUUUCGGGGAUUUUCAAGCAGCAGGAUAG